CAGACCGGGUACAGCAUGUCCAGCCGCGCCGCGCCCCCCCAGGAGGCAGCGGCGGGGACUGCGGGAGCUGCUCGGCGAGAGCGGGGCCUAACGGGCGCUUUCCCGCUGGUGCUGAAGAAGCUGAUGGAGAAUCCGCCGAGGGACGCGCGCCUCGAUAAAGAGAAAAAGGAAAAACUUGAGGAAGAUGAAGCAGCAGCUGCUAGUACAAUGGCAGUCUCUGCCUCCCUCAUGCCUCCGAUCUGGGACAAAACCAUUCCUUAUGAUGGGGAGUCUUUCCAUCUGGAGUAUAUGGAUUUGGAUGAGUUCCUUUUGGAGAAUGGGAUCCCUUCCAGUCCUAAUCACUUGGACCUGAAUCAGAACCCACUCCUGCCUGUGGCUGAGCUGGAAGGAAAAGAACCUGCCAGUGCUUCUACUGCAUCCCCAGCCUCACCAUCUUCCACGGUGGUUUUCCAGCCAUCAGAAACUGCUGCAAGUGAAGAAUCCUCGCCAGAUAGUGAGAGACUGACUCCCAGCCCCAUUGAUCCAGACUGUGUUGAGGUUGAUGUGAAUUUCAACCCUGAUCCUGCUGAUUUAGUGCUCUCUAGUGUACCUGGAGGUGAGCUCUUCAACCCUAGAAAGCACAAAUUUGCCGAAGAGGACCUGAAACCACAGCCCAUGAUUAAAAAAGCCAAAAAAGUCUUUGUCCCAGAAGAGCAAAAGGAUGAAAGGUAUUGGUCGAGGCGGAAGAAGAAUAAUGUGGCAGCCAAGCGAUCCCGUGAUGCUCGGCGACUGAAAGAGAACCAGAUCACAAUCCGAGCUGCCUUUCUGGAGAAAGAGAAUACCGCUCUGAGGACAGAGGUGGCAGAGCUGCGGAAAGAAAUGGGGAAAUGCAAGAACAUUGUCUCUAAAUAUGAGAGCAGAUAUGGAUCCUUUGACUUAUCCGAUUCCGAGUGAUGCAACUUUAAAGACUUUUAAAAUCACAAAGAAACUAAAACUACACAUGAAACCAACUGUCGUCAGAAUGAACAGUGACAGAUGUUGAGGUAUUCUACACAAACAACCGAUGGUGACCCUGCUUCCCUGCAAGUACCUCAUCUGAACUACCUAAGGGCUGAGCAUGAUGAAAAGGCUGAGGUCUCUAAUGCUACACUUCUUUUUGUACUGCUGUUUUUUCCUUGUAACCACAACCAGCAGUACAGUGAAUUAACUCUUUUCAGUUACACUUGGUGCUCGUGUCCUUGAGUUCAGUUUGAUAGCGAAUAAGUGGUGUUUUGGGGAGAUGAUGGGAGAAAAUGGCAAGUCUUAAUUGA